CGUUACAUAUUAAAAUAAUGAACUUUAUCUUGGCAUGUUGAAACGAGAAAGCUCCCCUCUGUCGAUUGCUCCGCUCUGACUUUCCCCGAUUCUCGCGCCUUGAGUAUCUAAUCCCCCUCCGCCUCGUUUCGCUCGAAAUGAAUUUACUGGAUAAGUUGAAGAUGCCAAAGAAGGAACCUGAUGAAGUCAAACCACCCAAAGUCGAAGUUCCAGUUUACUGGCUCGAGACAUCUGAUUCCGUCAGUCGCCGUUACGAAUUUGAACCCCACGGCUACCUCACCGUGAAGGUGGUUAAUGAUUCAAGACCAAUAUACCAUAGGGUGGCUGAAUCGUUCCUGAACAAGUUUUUCCCCGCGGGAUAUCCUUAUAGUGUGAAUGAGGGUUACCUUAGAUACACACAAUUCCGUGCAUUGCAACACUUGACCAGUGCAGCAUUAUCAGUUUUAUCAACUCAGUCACUUUUAUUUGCUGCAGGCUUACGACCUACUCCUGCUCAGGCAACUGCUGUCAGCUGGAUAUUGAAGGAUGGAAUGCAGCAUGUUGGAAAGCUCAUUUGUAGUAAUUUGGGUGCAAGAAUGGACUCGGAACCAAAACGUUGGAGAAUUUUGGCUGAUGUGCUCUACGAUUUGGGUACUGGUUUGGAAGUUCUUUCACCUUUAUGUCCUCACCUUUUUCUUGAAGUAGCAGGGCUCGGUAAUUUUGCAAAGGGAAUGGCAGUGGUUGCCGCGAGGGCAACUAGAUUACCAAUAUAUUCUUCAUUUGCCAAAGAAGGGAAUCUUAGCGACAUAUUUGCGAAAGGAGAGGCCAUAUCGACACUUUUCAAUGUUGUUGGAAUGGGAGUUGGGAUUCAGUUGGCAUCUACUGUUUGUUCAUCAAUGCAAGGGAAGAUGAUUGUUGGGCCUCUUCUUUCCAUUGUACAUGUGUUGAGUGUCGUUGAAGAAAUGCGAGCUGUUCCGGUCAAUUCAUUGAAUCCUCAGAGGACUGCCAUGAUUGUGGCCGAUUUCCUAAAGGUUUGUUUUAUUUGUACGGUUUGGACCCAGAAUUUUAUAUGCAUGCCGAGGUUUUUCAUCCGUCUGAUUUUCCAAUUGAACUCAACUCAGACUGGAAAGGUAUCUAGCCCUGCUGAUCUCAGAUAUCGGGAAGAUCUCCUAUUUCAUGGACGGCUAAUCGAAGAUGCUGGAAAUGUGAAAGUAGGGAGGGCUCUGCACAAAGUUGUAAAGCCUUCGAAGCUUAAGGAAUGGAAAGAAAUAUUUCCUGAAGAGAAGUUUGUUUUGAGUCCUGGAAAUAAAUGGACCGACAUGUUGUUAGAACAUAAUGCUACAGGAGAAGAUGCAGUAAGAGGUUGGCUGGUUGCUGCGUAUGCCGCGAGCAUGGGGAAGUCCUUCCACGAGCCAAGUGCCAGCGUCUUGCAAGAUGCUUACGACAAGAUGAACAUUGUUUUCACUCCAUUCCUUUGUGAGCUACAGGCUAAAGGUUGGCAUACCGAUCGCUUUCUUGAUGGAACGGGAAGCCGUUUUGCAUUUUGAUAUUUCAUCUUUCUCACAUUCCUCUACAACAAGAGAAUAUAUAUUCAUUUGAUGAAACUAAGCUGGAAAAGUGAUCCCUAGCCAUUUUUUGCAUUUUCAGACGUAGUAUUGCAUUUGUUUUAGAGGUGGUGAUAUGUUUGUAAUUUGCAUGCAGGUUAUAUUUUCUCUCACUAACUUGGAUUUGAAUUUAUGAAAUGAAAAACUCAUGG